AAAAAAAAUACAGUAGACUAGACCGAACCAGCUAAUUGGGUUGUGUUUGAAAAUCUUACAGGAAUAAUCUACUGCAAUGGGGCCGCCGCCUCGUCGGAAUCCGUGGCCGACAUGACCAUCUUCCUGAUCUUGUCAGUGUUCCGCAACCUCGCCUGGUCCCACCAAGCUGCCUACUCCGCCAACCCACAGGCCUUCGCCGACGCCCACAAGAACUCACCCCUUACAGCGCGCAACCCGCGCAACCACGUUCUGGGCAUCAUCGGUCUGGGCCAAAUCGGAUACAUGAUCGCACAGAAGGCCUACGCCGCCUUCGGCAUGAAGAUCGCCUACCACGAUCUCUUCCGGAAGAGUGCCGAGCAGGAGUCUAGGGUCGGCGCGACGUAUUACAAGGAUUUGGAAUCGUUGCUGGCCGAUGCAGACUGUGUUGUCGUUGCGACGCCGUUUGCUGGGAAGACUUUGCUGACGCUGGAGCGGUUUAGGCAGUUUAAGAAGGGGGCGAGAUUUAUUAAUAUCGCGCGUGGGUCGUUGGUGGAUGAGGAGGCGUUGGUGCAGGUGCUGGAUGAGGGCCAUUUGGCCGCGGCUGGGUUGGAUGUUCAUGCUAAUGAGCCGUAUGUGCAUCCGCGCUUGGUGAAGCAUCCUCGGGUUAUGGCUAUGUCGCAUAAUGCCGGUGGGACUGUCGAUACCCAUAUUGGGUUUGAGAGGUUGGCGAUGGAGAAUAUUGAGGGCUUUUUGUUGAAGGGCAAGGCGUUGACGCCGGUUAAUGCCCAUUUAUUGAAGAGUAAGAGUUCUUUGUAGGUUUUGUUUUGGUUUGAGGGUUUUGGUAUACCAUUGUUUAUGUAGGUUUUAUAUAGGGUUUAUAAGCAAAAUUGGAUAGUCGUGAAUUGUUACCGUUUGUGCUAAAGGUACAGGUAGACUAAGCCAUGAAAUAUGCGAUUGUUAGUGACCCACUGAUAUGUUGGAUAAUA